AUGUUUGUUUUUGACUCACGCCUUGGGCCUAAAUCAACGUCUGACCGUGUAUCUAAAAAUCAACAUCAAGAUGAGCUCCUUGACCUCCGUCAGCGGUUGCGUACCCUUGAGCGUGCCGUGACAAAAGCGGGCCCAUCCAUGAUGCAGACCCCAGGGACUACUGUCCACGAUACGCUCUCCGAAACAACGAGUCCUCAGAAUAACACAGAGAUUAUGUGUUUGGACGAUCGGAUACGCUUCCUGCCGGAUUGCAAUUUUCGUGGUAAGAAAGGAAAAACCAGAUAUUUUGGACGAAGUCAUUGGUGCACUACACUGUCAUUCUUCCAAGAUAUCGGGGCCUUCAUGCGACACAAGCACAGGAAUGAGACAUAUCGAGAUUACAACUCCAUGAAGAGAUACAAAUGCGAGUUAUGGGCACGAGAGAGUCAAGAGCAACAAAAAGCUUUUCGAGAGCAGGCCUUCAAGCUUGAUGAGCUGGUGCCACCCCGGGCUGUUGCUGAUCAGCUUAUUCAACUAUAUCUUGAAACAUUCGAGACGACUUACCGUGUUCUUCAUGUACCCACAUUCCUCAAGCAAUACGCUGAUUACUGGGCCGACCUAUCUAAGCCAGACACCGCGUUCCUGGCGCAACUACUAGCAGUCAUGGCAGCAGGGACCCGCUUUCUGCCGACCUCUUCGACCAACGACCAACCCAACACGUACCAGAAAUCAGCCUCGGAAUGGAUCAUGGCCGUUCAGUCAUAUAUUUCAUGCACCUUGAUCAGCCCCGACAUUGAUUUCAGAAUGAUACAGACACAAGUGCUUCUUCUUUUGGCGCGGCUGGCAGUUUCAUGCGAUGCUGAGCUUGCAUGGACGUCCUGCGGCACAUUGAUACGGUCUGCCAUGACAAUGGGAUUGCAUCGAGACCCAGGUCGAUUUCGCAAAGCUAAUGCGCCAUUCUGGUUUGAACUCCGUCGUCGGCUAUGGACAACGAUAGUCGAACUUGAUCUGAAGAUUUCUCUUGAUCGCGGCGUGACACCGUCUGUAGACCUGGAUGAAUGUGACUGCCCCCCACCUUCUGACUUGGAAGAUGUAGCUCUCUUCGAGGAAAUGAGGGACGAUCCAAUACAUCGGAGCAGAACCCUAUCAACGCAAAACUUCUAUCAGUGCUUGCUGUUGGAGUCGCUUGAUCUGAGGUAUCGUGUUGCCAAAAAGCUGAACACGUUACGGUUUAAUCUGACCUAUGAUGAGGCUUUACGCAUGAGCGAAGAGCUCUCUCGCCUAUUUAAGAAGUCUGUCAGUCGCUUUGAUGAACAAAACUCAAUUGCAGAUGUCACGAAUGGUGCCCGACAUGAAUUUGCUCAAUCACUGCACCGACUCACGAUGCAAAAAUUCAUUCUUGCUCUCCAUCGUCCUUUCGCUUUGAGCGUCGCACAAUUGCCCAAAUGCUUCUUUUCGCGGAAAGUUUGUCUCGAGACAUCUCUGGAGAUCCUUUCGGAAAUGAAGCUCCCCGCAGCUGGCGAGUCUAUUGCGCGACCUCACAUCAAGCAGCUGGCGAGUGGAAUGCUCUGCGACGACCUCUUCCAUGCCACCAUCACGGUAUGCGUUGAGCUUUCUCUCCAAGCCCAGGAAAUGGCGCAGCCGCCCGGCAGCAAGGUUAGCAAUAUUAGUUCCAGUGUGCUAGUCAGUAUGAUACAGUCACAACAGACUGUCAUGUUGCAGGCUGUCGAGCGCAGUCUGGACGAUUUCGGUCGCACGAUUCUCUGUGGAUCUGGGAAAGGAAGUAAGCCCUUCUUCUUUCUCAGCCUCAUUUUGGCGUCGGUAAAAUCUCGAAUAAAAGGCGAAGAUCCGGUCGCAGAGCUAGAAGCAGCAUCCAGACGAGCCGUGCAAAUCGGGUCCGGAAUUGUCAGUGGACUGUCCUACAGCGAGGCUCUUUCUAUUGAUCCUCCUCCGGUCGGGCCGCCUGUAGCAACGCCUCUCUCUACGACCUCUUUGGGUUUCGACUUUCCUUCGUUGUUGUCGGCUGAUUUCAAUGACUUGGCGGCGCUUGAUCUGAGCGGAUGGUUUGAUGGACUCGAGUCUGCAGGUGUCGAGCCUUGGAACAGCAACAUGUUUGCAGACUUGCCCGAACUUUGA